CCAAUCAUCAAUGCAUUUCUCUUGCAUCAUCCUUCCUGCCAAUAUAUAUGUAGAACCUAAAGCACGGCUAUGGCUAUACACACACACACACACACACACACACUUCACUCUUCCUGCGGUUAUAUAUAAGUUAUAACUUGUACCAUAUAGAGAGAGAAGCUGGAGAGAGAAGCUAGAUAGCUAGCACAUAUUUUUCCUCAAAAUUCCCCCAUGGGUUGUACAUUACCCUUUUCACUCCUUCUCCUCCUCCUCCUCAUUGGUGUCUCCUGGUGCACCGGCGAAGUCCGUCCGCCAUUUGCUUGCGACUCCGGAGACCCGGCCACGAAGAAUCUUCCGUUUUGCCGGACAUCAAAGCCGAUGCACAAGAGAGUGAGUGACCUCAUCGGACGGUUGACACUGCAAGAGAAGGUGAAGCUGUUAGUGAACAAUGCUGCAGAGGUGCCAAGACUGGGAAUUAAAGGGUACGAGUGGUGGUCGGAGGCCCUUCAUGGGGUCUCAAAUGUGGGCCCCGGUACAAAAUUUGGCGGGGAGUUUCCCGGGGCCACUAGCUUCCCUCAAGUCAUCACCACCGCUGCUUCUUUCAAUGCAUCCUUAUGGCAAGAAAUUGGACGGGUGGUGUCGGAUGAGGCGAGGGCAAUGUACAACGGAGGGAUGGGUGGUCUGACGUAUUGGAGCCCAAACGUGAACAUAUUUCGAGACCCGAGGUGGGGACGUGGACAGGAGACUCCCGGUGAGGACCCAGUGUUAGCCGGUAAAUACGCGGCCAGCUACGUGAAGGGGCUACAGGGAAACGACGGUAACCGGUUGAAAGUUGCGGCUUGUUGCAAACAUUACACAGCUUACGACCUCGAUAACUGGAGUGGCUUCGAUCGCUACCACUUUAAUGCUAAGGUAAGCAAACAGGACUUAGCAGACACAUUCGAUGUACCAUUUAGAGCGUGCGUUCUUGAAGGUAAAGUGGCAAGUGUUAUGUGCUCCUAUAAUCAGGUCAAUAGCAUCCCCACCUGUGCUGAUCCAAAACUCCUCCGUGACACCAUUCGUCGUGAUUGGCGCCUCAAUGGGUACAUUGUCUCGGAUUGUGACUCAGUUGGAGUUUUCUAUGAUAAUCAACAUUAUACAUCUACACCAGAAGAAGCAGCAGCGGAUGCAAUUAAAGCAGGUUUGGAUUUGGAUUGUGGGCCUUUCUUAGCGGUACACACAGAGGAAGCCAUAAAGAGAGGGAUACUGAAUGAAGCAGAUGUUGAUGGGGCAUUAGCUAAUACACUUACUGUCCAAAUGAGACUGGGGAUGUUUGAUGGAGAGCCAUCGGCUCACCCAUUCGGGAACCUAGGUCCUAGAGAUGUGUGCACCCUGGCUCACCAAGACCUUGCUCUUCAAGCUGCUAGACAGGGCAUUGUUCUUCUCAAAAACCAUGGUCCUUCCCUCCCUCUGUCCCCUCGCCGCCAUCCAACCGUUGCAGUCAUCGGACCUAAUUCAGAUGUCACAGUUACAAUGAUCGGUAACUAUGCAGGUGUUGCAUGUGGUUACACAACUCCUCUACAAGGGAUAGGGAGAUACACAAGGACAAUUCACCAGCAAGGUUGUGCUAAUGUGGCUUGCACUAGUGACCAACUAUUUGGUGGAGCCAUCGAUGCUGCCCGUCAGGCGGAUGUGACCGUUCUGCUGAUGGGCUUGGAUCAAUCGAUUGAGGCGGAGUUCAGGGAUAGGGCAGGGCUCCUUCUGCCAGGACUCCAACAUGAUCUUGUGUCUAAGGUUUCCAAAGCCUCUAAAGGCCCAACCAUAUUGGUUUUGAUGUCUGGUGGACCCAUCGAUGUAACCUUUGCCAAGAACGACCCACGCAUCGCCGCCAUCCUCUGGGUGGGCUAUCCUGGCCAAGCUGGAGGAGCUGCCAUUGCUGAUGUCCUAUUUGGAACACAUAAUCCAGGAGGGAAGCUCCCAAUGACAUGGUACCCACAAGAGUACCUUUCCAAGGUGCCAAUGACAAACAUGGACAUGAGAUCAAAGCCAUCAAGAGGCUACCCGGGCAGGACCUACCGGUUCUAUAACGGACCAGUGGUUUACCCAUUUGGACAUGGAAUGAGCUACACAAAGUUUGUUCACACCAUCGCGGAUGCCCCAACCGUUGUCGCGGUUCCCCUACAUGGCGGCCAUGGUUUCUGGAACACAACCAUUUCCGGCAAGGCGAUUAGGGUAACACAUGCCAAAUGUAAUAGGCUCUCGAUAGGUGUACAUGUCGACGUGAGGAACUCGGGCUCCAAGGACGGGUCACACACACUGCUAGUCUUCUCCACGCCACCCGCGGGACAAUGGGCACCACACAAGCAGUUGGUUGCCUUUGAGAAAGUUUACAUUGCCGCAAGGACACAACAAAGAGUUCAUGUCAAUAUUCAUGUGUGUAAGUAUCUUAGUGUAGUGGAUAGAUCUGGAAUUCGAAGAAUUCCCAUGGGUCAACAUAGUCUUCACAUUGGUGGUAUCAAGCAUAUCAUCUCCCUUCAAGCAGCAGCAUUGGGAGUGAUCAAGUCAUGAUUUUUUGUAGGAGGACGAGUUUGCCCACGUGCCUUUUCUGGUAAUGCCAUUUGUGUCCCGUCUUCCUCUCGAAUACCCCUAUGAUUUUUGAAAUCGUCACUUCAUGAUUCAAUCAAUAGCUUGACCAAAUAAUCUGGUCCUUUGUAGAAACAAAUAGGAAAAUUCAAAAAAUACCAUUAUUGCUAAGAAAUUUUGUAAAGGACAUAUUCUAUUUGUUGGGAUUUAUAUGCCCUGGCAUAGCAAAUUCCUGUUUGGAUUAAUUGACAUAUGUUCCUGACGUUUCUGAAAUAUUUAUGUUUUACACAA